GAACUUCAUAACGUAUAUUGUAUGCAUACUACACAAAAAACCAUGUCUAACGGUGGCUUAUCACUUCAAAUUUCCGCCAGUGGUGAAAAACCUCCCUUUAGACCCACUGCAAAUUUUCAUCCCUCGGUUUGGGGCGAUCGCUUCCUUUCCUCUGUUCCUUGUUCCGCUGAAAGUGAUAGCCGUACUCAAGAAGCUAAACUAUUAAAAGAGGACGUGAGGAAGAGACUUGUCUCACCGAUUGAUGAUAACAAUUUCUCUCUCAAAUUGAUCCUCAUUGAUUCAGUCCAACGUUUGGGUGUGUCUUACCAUUUUGAACAUGAAAUUGACGAUGCUUUAUGUAAAAUUUAUGACAUUUCAACAAAGGACAAUGAUAUCAUAGCUCACUGUGAUGAUCUUUACCACACGGCUCUACUCUUUCGGCUGCUUAGACAACAAGGAUACCGCAUUUCUUCAAGUAGGUUUUCCUGAGCAUUUAACCAA